AUGGAGAAGAGCCGGCAGCAGCAGGAGCAGCUCCCCCCGACGGCGGCCAAGAGCCUGGCCGUCGCGCGGGGGAACCUGCUGGGCGCUCCCAAGCCCCUGGCCUUCUCCAUCGAGCGCAUCAUGGCCAGGUCGGGCCCCGAACCCCAAGCCCUGCCGCUGCUGCCCCACUUCUUGCAAGGGGCCCCCAAAGCGGCUGCAGCCGCGGCGGCGGAGCACCUGAAGCCGCCGCCGCAGCAACAGCAACCGCAGCAGCAACCGGCGUUCAGUCUGGGGCCCUCCAUCCCCUGCAUGAUCCCCUUCGUGCCGCUGGCUUACGAGCCCUUCGCCAAGCCGCCGACGCUCAGCUUGCCCCAGCAGCCGCCCCACUACAAGCUGGUUCGGCCUCGGGUGAUCAAGCACUCGUCUUUCCACGCCCUGGGCGCCCUGAGCUACUUCAGCCGGGCGUCAGAGCCCCAGCCUCAACCGCCGGGCCUGAGCCUCCACCCGGUGGCCUCUUAUUUCCUGGGCUCGUCGCUGCCGGCGGCCUCUGCUUUGCAAAACUCGACGGCGCCCAAGUCCUACCUGGCCGAGCGCAACAAGCUCCAGGCGUUGCCGUCCGGCCCGGAGAAAUACUCCCAGGCAGCAGCCUUCAAGGACCUGGCACAGGCCCAGAUGCACAACGCCGCCGCCGCCGCAGCAGCAGCCGCCGCCGCCGCCGCGGCUCACCUCCUGGCUUCGGAGAAGCUGCCCUUCAAAGGGGUGUCGGCCGAUUUCAGCCGCGGCUCGCCCAGCGCCAAGGCCAAGGUCUUCACCUGCGAGGUCUGCGGCAAGGUCUUCAACGCGCACUACAACCUGACGCGCCACAUGCCGGUGCACACGGGCGCCCGGCCCUUCAUCUGCAAAGUCUGCGGCAAAGGCUUCCGCCAGGCCAGCACCCUCUGCCGCCACAAGAUCAUCCACACCCAGGAAAAGCCCCAUAAGUGCAACCAGUGCGGGAAAGCGUUUAACCGGAGUUCCACGCUAAACACCCACACGCGGAUCCACGCGGGCUACAAACCUUUCGUCUGCGAGUUCUGCGGAAAAGGCUUCCACCAAAAAGGGAACUAUAAGAACCAUAAGCUGACCCACAGUGGCGAGAAGCAGUUCAAGUGCACGAUUUGCAACAAGGCCUUCCACCAGGUCUACAACCUGACUUUCCACAUGCACACCCACAACGACAAGAAGCCCUUCACCUGCCCCACCUGCGGGAAAGGCUUUUGCCGGAACUUUGACCUCAAGAAACACGUCCGCAAACUACACGACAGCGGCGGGGGCGGAGGCGCCUCUCUGGGGCUCCCUCGCGGCGGUGGCGGUGAGCCAGACCUACCGCCACCGCCGCUGAUUCACCGCCCGUGA